AUGGAGGAAGAAAAAGAUAGGUACUAUCCAACAAUUGGAGUCAAGUCAGCUGUAAAGUUAGGACAAAAGCUGUUAUCAAAAAUUUUGGAAACAGAAUCAAAAGAAGAUCUUGAAAUACUUCACGAAUUAGUUUAUAAAAUUGAUAUAAUGAGAUAUAUUGAAUUUAAAGAUUUUAUUAAGACUGAAAUUUAUGAAUCUUGCAAAAAUCUAUUAGAAAAGGAUUAUGUUAAUUAUGCAUCAGCAUAUUUUAUAGAUUUUCUUUCUCAAUGUCUUCUUAUGGAGUUUUAUUAUUUUGGAAAAAAAAAUUCUGAGGAAAUUCGUAAUGUAAUUGAUUCUUUCUAUAAAAUUAAGAAUUUAAAAAAAAGUCCUAUUCAUUGUCUUGGAAUAUAUAAUUUAGAAAAAGCUAUAGACAAUAAUUAUAGUGGUGACGUUCUUUUAAAUUGGAAUAAUAAUUUAAAAUAUUUAUGUAAAAAUGUAAUGUAUAGUGAUAAAUUUUUUAAUUUAACUAUUCAACAUUUUCACACAUUGUAUGAUGUUUAUGAAAAUAAAGAGAAUCUUUUGGAUUUAAUACUUGGAUAUGCAUCAAAGAAAAAAAUUUUAAGUAAGAUUGUCAUUGGACUGUCAAGUAAUGCUUAUCUUGUUGCUACACGCGGAUCUACUUUUGUAUCACUUCUAAUCAAAUGCCUAUUAAAAUUGUAUGGUGAACAAUUCAAUGAUAAGGAUGAUAAUGAACCUGUAGCUAAAAAAAGUAAAAAGUCAUCUGAUUCUGAAUCUAUUAAUCCUGUGGGUGAAGCCAUACUUUUGAUUGCUAAUUCUGAUUUAGAAAAUAUACCAGAUGUUUUAAAGAAAAUUUCAAAAAAUGGAGAAUUUAAAAAUUAUUUUGAUAAUAUUAAUUCUGAUUUAACUGUAGAGUUGAUAUUUAUCUUUGAUAAACUGUUUUCUAUACUAAGACUGAAGGAUAAUUAUCUUCAUAUCUUCUCAUCAUUGCUUAUAUCAAUGAAAAUUUUACCAGCAAACACGUGUACUCAAAUUGUAAAAUAUCUUAACAAAAUGUUAUCAUCAUUAAACACUUCAUUUGCUAAUGAAUAUUUGGUAAAAAUAGCAUUCAAUAGUAUGGUUUAUCAGAAUGAUUUUGUCAAUAAAUUUAACACAAAACAAGCAUUUUCAUUUGGAACAUUUGUUGGAAAUUUAUUAGUUACCAAAACACAAAUAAAAGAAUUUUCAAAUGCAGAAGGUUAUUUGAAAUAUUUAUCAGAUUAUUUAAAAUCAACAAAAAAAUUCCAUAUAGAUGGUGAAAUAACAAAUGUUGACAUUAUUUCAGUUAUUACAUUUUAUAAAGUAUUUCAUAUAAUGAAUUUGAAACGUCAUUUGAAUGAAAAAUAUUUUGAAGAUUUAAAGAAACUUUUUGUUUCAUUUGCUUCUGUUGUUAAUAGUAUUAUGAUUCAUAUACCAACUACAAAUAAUCAGGAGAUAAAAGAUUUGAAAAGAUUAGAAAAAUUUGCAUGUUUAUUUAAUGCCAUAUCUAUAACAAAAUAUAUAUUAAAAGAAAUUGGUAUGGAUGGUGAAAUUAUUGAGGAUAAAAUUGUUUCUCAAGUAUAUAAGAUAUCAUCUAAAUGUUUAAAUGAAAGUUAUUUCCAUGAUUUGGUUGUUAUUUCAUUUGAUAUAUCUUUAAUUUUUACUGAAUCUUUUAAUUUUCUUUUUUAUGCUCAUCAUUCAUUAAAUAAGCCUUUCCAAGUUUUAAAGUGGAAAUUUCUUUGUAAUAUUGUUAAAAAUAAUGAAUCAUUAAUGGAUAAAGUUCUGGAGACAAGUUUUACAAAUAAUGAAGCUUUACAAGAAUUAUUAGAAAAUUUGAAACCAUAUCCUCUUGAUGAGUUGGAUUUAACAUCAAUUUUUAAGGUUAUUGGAUGUAUUGCAACUAAGAGAAGUAUAUCAUUUGUUCCAGUGAUUACAUAUUUAAUGAAAGCUGUAGUCAGUGUUAUACCAUCUUUAGAAAAUAUUAUUUCAUCAUUAACAAUGUUAAAAACUAUAAUCAAAAAUGUUAGAAGUGAAAAAAAUUCACUUAAUCAAGUUUUACCAACAACUAUUUUAUUGCUAUCGUCAAUUGAUUAUAAUGAUUUCAAAAAUAAACAGCCAAAGUUUAUUAUUACUUCUCUUAAUCUUCUUGUCUCUACAGUAAGAAAUAUAUUGAAAUGUGAUAAUAAUAAGCAUCUUGUUAUACAAGCUUCUUUAAUCAGUGGAAUAAUUGGAAAAUUAGUAAAAUUUAUUAGUGAAAUCAAAUAUUUUCCUUCUUAUAACAUUAAUCCUAGUGAUGUUCUUCAUUCUGAACAUUACAUAGCACUUGCUAUAAAAUCUCUUAAGUUAAAGAAAGAUAUUUAUCGUAGAUUAUCACCAUAUACUUUAUCUGUUGCUUUGGGAUAUUCUAGAAAACUAACCUUACCAUAUAUGUAUUUAUUAAUGUUGUGUGAUAAAAAAGGAAUAGAUUUAGUAUCAGCAAAAAUACCUCUAUCAAAUAGGCAACGUUUCAAAAUUAUAUAUCAACAAUUUGCUAAAUAUAGAAUUUCAGUUGGUUAA